GCGACAACUGGCAGGACUGACAGUUAAACAGUAAACAUCUGUGAACAUAACCUAAAAAUGUUACGUAAAUAAUAUAAUUUAAUUUAUUUAUCUUUCUCUCUAUUACAGCAAACGUUAUUUAUCGUUUCUAGUUAUUGAUAUAUCUAUUAGUUGGGCAUGGCAAUUAGUUUGAAGGGAUUGAUUAGUGCCUCCAUAAAACAUUCCUCUAUUUUCCGAACCAUAAUGACUACAUCUAGUAAAUCAGAGAAAGCACUGGAGAAUCUACAAAAGAAUCCCUACUUUGAAAAAUAUGUCGAGCGAAUCGCCGCCCUACAAAAGACAUCCCCAGAAGAGUUUCUUAGAAAAGUUGAAGAACGGGAGAAAACUAAGAAUACUGAGAAAAAAAAGAAAUUUGGAUCUGUUGAUACAAAACAAUUUUCAUCAGUACUAAAUCCUAAAGAGGCCCUCACAGAAGAUCUGACAGUACAAGACAAAAAGUUAAGCGACAUAUUCAAAGUGGAACUUGUAAAGGACAAAGACGCGGCAGAGGUACAAAUCAUAUGGGAGGUAUACCAUAAAAACAAGGAGGUUAUAUCUGCUACAAUACCAAAAGAUCUUUACAGUGAAAUUCACCAGAAUAUGAAGCAGUACCCUACAUUCUUGUUCCCAUUGCCAAGAUCUGAGGGCUAUGAAUAUAUUAUGUGCCAGUGUUAUAGACACACUGUGCAUUUUACACCACUUCUUGCAUAUCAGGUUCAUCAAGAGAAUGCUCCAGAAUGCUUAACCAUGGUGCAUUAUACAGAACUGAGUGAUAAGGGGAUAGUGUUAAUGCGUGGAGACUAUGACAAGAAUGCAUUGACUGGCAAAGAAGCCCAGUGCCUGGCGAAUCAGUUUCAAAUGUUCUACAAUGGCAAAGACAAAAAUAAAUCUAAAUUACUAGAAACAUUCACUAAAACCCCUGAUUCCUUUAAGCAUACAGACUUGAUUACAGAGUUAGAAAAUAUUCAAUUAGUUUAAAUAAUAUAAUCUGUAACUUAAAUUUUAAAAUAUAUUUUCUGUUAACUUAUUAUAUGAAUAUAGAAUAGUUCAAACAA